UUUUUUUUUUUCUCUUUUUUAAUCACUUACAUUAUAUUACAUAUUAAUAUGGGUGCUGUCAGUCGUUUCCCCUACCCUAAUGUUUGGGCUCCUUCCGGUGGAUGGUGGUCUCAACCCAAAGCUUGGAAAUCAAAUACCAUUGUUGCUGCUGUUGGUAUGACCGUUACUAUGGCUGCUGUCUGGAAAGUAUCUGCCAACAAGGAACAACGUUAUCAACAACCUACUCGCUGGAUCCCUUCCAUGAUGUGGGCCAAGCAAUACAAAGAUCAACAAUAGACUAGUCCUACUUCAUUCCAAUAUUAUUUACAAUAAUAAAUAACCCUUCUUCGUUUGAUUUUGUUCCAA